AUGUUUACUCAUUCAAGAGUUAAAAUUGCUAUUAUUGGAGCCGGACCAGUUGGGUCGUUGUGUGCAUGUUUUAUGGCAGAAAAUGGAUAUGACGUUACCGUCUACGAAAGUCGAACAGAUAUUAGACUUGAUAAAUCAACAUCGGGACGUUCUAUAAACUUGGCUUUGUCAGAAAGAGGCAUUAACGCUCUCCGAUUUAUUGGACUCGACAAUAUUGUUAUUGAAGAACUCACAGAACCUAUGUAUGGUCGAAUGAUCCAUUCAAUUGAUGGCCAUAAAUAUAGCAUUAUGUAUGAUAUUAACAAAUCCAAGUGUUUAUAUUCUAUUAGCAGAAAAGAACUCAAUGAAUUUUUAUUAACAAAACUCGAAAAAUAUCCAAAUGUGAAAUUAAACUUUUCGCAUAAACUCGUCGAUGUUGAUUUUAAUACCAAACUAUUAACAUUUCAAAAAUCAUUAGAAAACCAACAAGAAACUGUAAAACCAGACGUAAUAAUUGGAUGCGAUGGGGCUCAUUCCGUAGUUCGUAAACAUAUGAUUCGUCAGCCAAUGUUUAAUUUUUCACAGACAUACAUAGAUCAUGGUUAUUUUGAAAUAAGCUUACCAUCAGCUGCAACAAAAGAUACCUUAACUCCAGGACAUCUUCAUAUUUGGCCGAGAAGUACAUUUAUGUUGAUAGCAUUACCGAAUAAAGAUAAAUCUUGGACUUGCACUUUAUUCAUGCCAAUGGAUCAAUUUCCAUUGAUAUUAGAAUCAGAAAAUGAAGAAAUUUUACGAUUUUUUAACGAGUAUUUUAAAGAUUUUAUGGAUUUGAUUCAACCAGAACAUUUAUUGAACCAAGUGACAAAUGGAAAAGCACGAACUCUUAUUUCUAUUAAAUGUAAUCCAUACCACAUUAAUGAUGACUUCCUGUUGAUGGGAGACGCUGCCCACGCUAUUGUACCUUUUUAUGGUCAAGGAAUGAAUGCUGGCUUCGAAGAUUGUACAAUUUUUAACCAACUACUCGAAGAGUACGACCAUGAUUUAAAAACUGUUAUUAAAACGUUUUCAUUGAGAAGAAUUGAAGAUGCGGAAGCCAUCAGUGAUUUAGCUUUUUACAACUAUAUUGAAAUGCGUGAUUUAGUUGCUCGUAAAAGCUUUUUGUGGCGGAAAAAAUUGGAUAACAUACUCAGUAAAUGGUUUCCUCAGACGUGGAUACCGCUUCAUAGUUCGGUCUCUUUUACAUCAAUUAGUUAUAAACAAUGUAAACUCGACAAUCAGUGGCAAGACCAAAUUUUAUUUAGAAUGUUUAUUCUAUUCGCGACAUUUUUCUCCAUCAGUUUGUAUUUUUUUGCAUCUAUAAUGUCAAAAUCAUUACAAUAA